CUUUUUUUUUUUUUUUGGUGAUGGUGAUGUUAUGGCUCCUCUUUUUCUUCAUCUUCUUCCCUCCUCUUUAUCAUCAUUUAAAUCAUCAUCAUCAUCUUCUUGUUCUUGUUUUUCUUUUCCUUUUUUCACUUGUUUUUGUUCUUUUUGUUUUUCUUUUCUUCUUCUUUUUCUUCUUCUUCUUCUUCUUCUUCUAUUUUUUUUUCAUUAUUUUUAUCAAUGUUACAAUCACUGUCUUGCUUAUAUUACUGGUAGGAGUAUUUUUUAUCUUCUUAAUAACCGAAAUGUUCUUGUAGCAGGAGGAGAAGGAAGAGUUAUCUGUUUGCACAAGAUAAGGCAUCUCAUACUAUUACUACUACUGCUAUUACUAAUGUUACUACUACUUCUACUACUACGACUACUACUGCUACUACAAUUCUGAACUCUCUGCCCACGCCAUAUCAUUCCCUUGUCACUUCCUCCACCACCCACUCAACCACCAUCACCAUCACUUCCACCACCAUUUCCACCACCACCACCACCUUCGUCACUAUCAUCUCCGCACACUCACGUUCUACGACGACCAUUGCCUUAUCUUCCACCUCCACUUAACGACCACCACCACCACCACCACCAUUGUCAUACCACCACCACUAUCAUCACCACCACCAUUAGCAUCAAGGAUUAAUUAGAGUUGAUGAUGAAGCCAUGAUGUCAGCACUUAUGAUGUAUCUCUCUCUCUCUCUCUCUCUCUCUCUCUCUCUCUCUCUCUCUCUCUCUCUCACAUGCAUUUGAUUGUUAUCUCUUUCAGCUACACUCAUAUUUUUCCCUCACAUUUUCUCUGUUUGCUCGAAUACCUUAUUUUUGACUCAUCCCAGUAAGAGAGAGAGAGAGAGAGAGAUGGGGGGAGAGGGGGAGGCCCUUUCACUGGCAAGGCCUACUAAUGGACGUCCUCAUCUGGCAAACUGUUAUACGAGUCGCUAAAAACAGAAACCCGAGAAAAGGCAGAGAAAAAGUGCGGCAGAAGUAAAAAACUGCUGAUGAUUUACUGUGCGAAACAAAAGCUGAGGAGGAAGGGAAAGAAAAGGCGGAGGCAGUAAAAGGAGGCGGAUGAGGAGGAAGAAAUGAAAGUCUAUGACUCUAUAUCAUGAGCGGUGUUCGUCGAGGUGAAUGUGUUGUUUAUUGUCACGGCGAACCGUAAAGUUUUCUCCUGAAGGUAGGCAAGGCUUGUGAGGCGUCAUUACGGACCCACACGCUGCGGGACGCCGGAGAGAAGAUCGAGGCGCCGGGAAAAGCGCGCCAUCAGCGAAUAAUUAAUGGGGAGGGACGCGGACUGGCGGUGCUCUGAGCAGUGGGUCCAUCACGCUGAUAACAUGACUUAGGACGACGUGACCGAGAGCCAGAGAGAACCAGCAAUGGUCCAUUAAGGAACAGACGGCUUCACCAGGAGGAAAGUGAGAGAGGGCGAGGGAGAGCUGCUCACAUCGUCAUCAUGUUCUCCAAGGUGUUUCGUCUGGAGAAGAAGAGUCGGGAGGAUAGGGCCACACCCCCGCGGCCUGCCUCCUCAGGAGACAAGCGGCCUAUCUAUGUCCCACUGCAGCAGUCCACCCUGCUCCAGGCCAAGAAGCGGGCCACGAUGCACGACGCGCAAGCCGAGGCCAUGGAACAAGAUCUUGACCUGCUGGAGCUGGUGUGCCGCAGCGACAGCCUCCACCGCCGCCUGGACGAGCUGCAGGCCAAGUACGAGAGGAUGGACGAUGGCAUGGAGAACCUGGUGGUGCGGCGGGAGGUGCGGGUUGGUCCGCAGCCUCAGGGCUACCCAGCCAAGAGGCUCGUUGGUAUCAGGAUCUCUAGAUCCUUUGAGGAACCCGAAUGCAAAAAACCCAACCUUCUGCAGAGGAUCUUCGGGCACCGAUCCAAAAGCAAAGACGAUCUUCUCAACUUGGACUUGGACCCUCCGCGCUCCUCCUCCGCUUUGGCUGACCGACCAGCCUCCAGCAACCUCCUGGCACCGCCGCCGCUGCCCAUGCGUGGGCGGCGCUCCGCCAGCGAAGACAUGCUAUCCUCCAAGGACUUGUUUGAGCGGCGGUCAGACAAGAGGCAGAACUGGGGCUCCGAGGUGUGGGAACGAGACGGCUUGUUCCAGUGCCAAAUUACACCGCCGCCACCGCCGCCUCCGCCUCCGCCAGUCGAGGAAAUGGGGAUUCCCAAAGGCGGCGGCCUGAAGAGGAAACGUGCAAUACGGAUCCCAAAUCCGCACAGGGUGAGGGAGGCAGCCCUGGGGUCCACGGACUCCUGCAGUGAUUCCACAGACUCGGACAAAGAAGGGAAGGGACGGAGUAGCGCAGGACUCAGCCGACCGCAAGAAAUUUCUUUUGGGAACCACGUGGACGCCCGCCCAACCCAGCGCAGGGAGGGAGGCUGGAGGCCUGCCUCCGCCUCUGUGAGUCCAGGGGACGGCAGCAGCAGAGCGAAGAAUGGCGACGACUCCCAGCGCAGGGAGGGUGGCUGGAGGCCUGCCUCCGCCUCUGUGAGUCCUGGGGACGGCAGCAGCAGAGUGAAGAAUGGCGACGACUCCCAGCGCAGGGAGGGUGGCUGGAGGCCUGCCUCCGCCUCUGUGAGUCCUGGGGACGGCAGCAGCAGAGUGAAGAAUGGCGACGCUGUGGGCAGAACCCCGGGAAACGACCCCGAAGUGUGGAAAUGCGACACCGGGCUGGCUGGCCAGAAGCGAAGCCCUGGAGAAGGAAGGGAGCCGGCUGCAAGUCUUGCACUGCGUCGGCGACGGGAGGCCUUCGCCAAGGAUAAAAGAAGCAUUGAAGUCACAGAGCCGUUUGAACGGCCGACGCGGAAGACGCCUCGUGCCACAUCCUUCGAGGAGUGCCUAGUGAGGGACGGAGCGGUGCGGCGCUGCCCCGGCAGGAUUAGCGAACAGGAGGAGCAGCCUUGUGUCCCGUGUCCCCAGCAGGUGUCACCUAGCAACGAGCCAAGGAUCAAACCGAUCCUCAAAAAUACAGACAAACCCAGACCCAAGACUGACCUGCCGGCCGCCCUCACCCGCAGCGACAGUUCCCGGGAGGUGCUGCUGACCCGGACGCCAAGCAUCCGGCGUCACCACCGCUGCCCGAGCUCCCCGGGGGUCACGGCCCGCACCGUUAGCCCACACAAGGUGCUCAGGUCACAAGCCUCUCUGGAAGGCUCUAGGAUGCGCCCCUCCCCACAGAGUCAGUUUGUUCCCCACACCUGCGGGCGGGGGCGGGGGUUCCUGGCCAAAGCCUACAGCACUGAGGAGGGUCCUAGGUCCCUCGGCCACUACAGAACGCCUGACCCUGGGAAGGUGUGCGAGGCGGCCGAGGGCUCGGAGCAGGAGCAGCAGCAGCAGCAACGGGCCAAAAGUUCAAGUUGUCAGGAUCUUCCUGGAAAACUUCCCACGACAGCGUCCAUCCAGGAGCUGGACCACUUCUUGUCGGCCAUCAUCGACAAUCUGGAGGCGCAGCUGCAGCAGUCUGGCGGAGGCAAGACCGGCCCGCGCCGCCCUGUCGUGGAGGACCCCAGGUGGUGGAGGAAGAAGAAAAAGGAUGGCGAGGAGGCGAAGUAUCAAGAAGGGAAAAAAACAGAAAUUGAAAAAAGGAAUGAAGAUCAAGAGAAAGAAGAGCAGAACGUCCUGAAGGGGGAGGAGGAAGAGUUGGAAGUUAUGACGGAGGAGGAGGAGGUGGAGGCGGAGCCUGAUGCUGAGACGGAGAAAGUGGAUGAGAAGGACGAGAAAAUAGAAGAGGAGGAGGAGGAGGAGGAGGAGGAGGAGGAAGAGGAGGAAAAGGAGAAGGAGGAGGAGGAAAAGGAGGAGGCUAAAAAGUUGAUGGUGGAGAAGGAGAAGGGGGAUAGGAAGAAGGAGGAGGAGGAGAAGGAGGAAGAGGAGGAGGAGGAGGAAGGGGAGGAGGAGGAGGAGGAGAAGGAGAAGAAGAGGGAGGAGAAAGGACAGCUGCAAAGUCAACAGCAGCAAAACCAUCAAGAACAGCAGCAGCAACCUCAACAACAGCAGGAACAACAACAACAACAGCAACAACUAGAGCAGCAGCAGGAGCCUCAUCAACAGCCGCAAGAGAAGCUGGAGCCGAUGAGAAGUGACGGCAUGAGCGAGUGUGGAGCAUGUGGAAGGCGCUGGGUGGAACCUCGCCUGCUGCCCUGCCUCCACACCAUCUGCACGCCCUGCCUCCACGCCCGCGCCACUCAGGUCACGCCGCCGGCCACCUACACCACCGUUUCCACCACCACCGCCACCAGAACCCAACAAGCGACCCCGACCCCAGGCAGCAGAUGCGGGUCAAGGGCAUCCCAGGAGCAGGAGGUCACCGCGCUGUCCUGUACCUCCACCGCCGCCCCGAGUCCUUCCUUAGCUCCUGACGGUGACUCCCUGGGACACGCGAGCCCUCUGUGUAAUGGAAACGUCAUCACCGCCACCACCGCCGCCGCCACCGCUGCCGCCUCAAAGGAUGAAGGGCUUCCCACCACCACCAUCACCACCGCCGCCACCUCCACAUCCUCCACCACCUCGCCCACCUCCCCUAUCAGCUGCAAGACCUCGCCGCAGGACAGUCGGGAGGCGCACGAGGCCGCUGCGAGGGAGCUGGAUUCUGUGAUCGAGCUCCUGACGCAGCUCUCGCCGGGAUCAUGCCGCGCCAGCCCCAUGCCCACGCUGACGGUCACCUCCACGCCCUCGCAAACGCCCAGCCCCUACCACGCCCCCCGCUUCACGCCCGGGCAGGAGGACUCGCUGCUGUCCCCCUCGAGCACCCUGGACUCGCGCUGCUCCUCCAGGACGAAGUCAAGCGGGAGGUCGUCCAGCUGUGGGAGCAAAGGGGUGUGGGCGGUGUGGUGCCCGGAGUGUGGCUACGAGGCCGAGGUUCCCCCUGGCGGCGUGGAGUGUUUCCCUCUCAACUACGUCCUCCAGAAGCAGCUUGUCCUCGAGGCUCUCAACUCUUCCUCGACCAUCAUCUACUGCGACCUCUGCCAUGACGAGGUGGUGGCUGAGCAGCGCUGUAACACUUGCCCAGUGAACCUGUGUAGCCUGUGCAGUCAUGCCCACGCCCGCCAGCGCCGCACCGCCCACCACAAGGUUGUCUCUCUGCAGGAGGCGCGGGUGCAGGGUAUCCGCGAGGUGGCCCACACGCUGGUCUGCUCCACCCACGGCGAGGGGGAGGUGGGCUGGUGGUGCCGCGGGUGUCAGGAGCCUCUCUGCGCCACUUGCCUCGCGACGAUCCACUGCGGCCACCAGACGUCCACGGUGGAGCAAGAGGCGCCGCACACCCGUAGGAGUCUCGCUGCUCUCCUCGACCAGGCCACGGAGAGGAUGAACCAGCUGCUGGGCACGGUGGAGGAGCUGACGGGGGCGGCGGCGCGGGUGCAGCAACGCGGCCACUCCGUAAGCGACCAAGUGAACGCCUUCAUCGACGACUACAUCCUGGCGCUUGAGGAACACCGCCACAUCCUCCUCCGGCAGGUGCGGCAGGCGUGCGAGCGGUCACAGCGGAGUAUCGUCACGGAGUCGCAGCGGGCGGGGCAGACGGCGGCGUGGCUGCGGCAGGGCUGUGACCUGACCCACGACAUGCUGCACCACGCGGGCCACGCCGAGACCCUGGCCCUGGCGCCGCUCCUAACACACAGGCUCCAGACGCUGCUGCUGGAGCGGGUGGGGGGCUGGGAGCGCUGGGAGAAGCUGGACCUGCUACGCGAGCACCGGGCGGGGCGCGUGCGGGGCCACAAGGUGCACGGCGUGUUAGCAGACUCCCCGGCGCACCCCGCCCACUCCAGACUCAAGCCGCUCUGCGAGGUGGGCGGCGUGGUGAUGGGCGCGCGGGUGAUGGCGCUGCUGGUGGCGAGGGACGCGGACGGCCAGACCAUCACCCACGGCGGCGAGAGCGUGGCGGCCUCCUUCCUCACGCCAGACGGCUCCUCCACACUGUAUGUGACUCCGUCUAUCUGCCUUGAGUUGGCCGUGGAGUGUGGGUGCUCCGUGCGUGAUCGAGAGGACGGCUCCUACGAGAUCGUGUUUAGCCCUCCGGUGGCGGGGAUCGGCGCCCUGCACGUGACUCUGCAAGGGGAACACGUGGCGGGAAGUCCUUUGGAAAUAACAGUGAAAUCGGCGUCGGGCAGUGGAGGUGGAGGCGGCAGCAGCAACAGCAGCACCGCUAGCGUGGAGGCAGGGCGAGAGGGUGGCGGAGGCGGCGGGGCUGGAGGCGGGGGCGGUGGUGGAGUUGGUAGUGGUGGUGUGGGACGCGAGGGGUCAGGGGGGCCACGCCAGCACACCGGCGUGUACCACUGCUGCACCUUCUGCUCCACUGGUGGGGACAAGACCGCCACCUGUGCUUGUGGCGCCACGAUUCACGGGUAUAUGGGGUGCGGCCACAACCACAAGGGUCACCCGGGGCAGAAGCACUGGUCCUGCUGCGCCCAGACGAGCCCCACCGGCCCUUGCACGCGGCCGGUCUCCCAGUACUACCAGGUGACGCUCUAACGACCCUGAGCCUGCCCCUGCUCCCUGCUGACUCGUGACGCUCCGCUGCUGGCCACUCUGCAAUGACAACAGUAACAAGAACAACAGCAGCAGCCACAAUAAGGAUAACAAUAACAAGAGAAUCAAGAACAAAAACAGCAGUAGCAUCAACAUUGACACAAUAUCAGCAACAACAGCAUCAAUAACAACAUUACAACAGCUUCUACAAGGGCAACAAGAACAAGAAUAAUAAGAGCAAUAUUGCCACAGCAACAAGAACAACAACUGUCGCAGCAACACAACAGUAUUUAUUGUAACAGCAUCACCAGCAUUAACAAAACUACAACAACAACAACAACCAGAACAAAAUACAAGUAGCAGCAAAAACAACAUCAUCAGCAACAUCAUGUGCUCAGUACUUAAGCGUUUCAACGUCAUCUCUGUUAGUUAUUACCCAACAUCACCUCUGUGCAGGGUUCACCGCACGCCUCUACGUAACGAUAAACGUGAUCUCUUAAUUGUUACCUCUCUCUCUCUCUCUCUCUCUCUCUCUCUCUCUCUCUCACACACACACACACACACACACACACACACACACACACACACAAUAACCAUUUAUUAUUAUUAUUAUUAUUAUUAUUAUUAUUAUUAUUAUUAUUAUUAUUAUUAUUAUUAUUAUUAUUAUUAUUAUUAUUAUUAUUAUUAUUAUUAUUAUUAUUAUUAUUAUUAUUAUUAUUAUUAUUAUUACACACACACACACACACACACACACACACACACACACACAAUAACCAUUUAUUAUUAUUAUUAUUAUUAUUAUUAUUAUUAUUAUUAUUAUUAUUAUUAUUAUUAUUAUUAUUAUUAUUAUUAUUAUUAUUAUUAUUAUUAUUAUUAUUACACACACACACACACACACACACACACACACACACACACACACACACACACACACACAUUAACCAUUUAUUAUUAUUAUUAUUAUUAUUAUUAUUAUUAUUAUUAUUAUUAUUAUUACACACACACACACACACACACACACACACACACACACACACACACACACACCGGCUGACAACAAAAGUUCUUGGACAGAAAACAGACAAGACUGUUUCACUGUAAUAUUCAUGGCGUCUUUGUGAUUUAUGUUACCGUGCUUCGGUGUUAGUCGUAACUCUAGAUGUGGCGAGGCCUCGGGACGGUGCUGCGGGCUGAGCGUGGCGGCGAGGAUGUUGCUUACCUGGGCAGCAUUCAUGUUCGUGUCAGGGGCGUCCACACACUCUCGAACAUGUGCUUUCAACCCCACGCUUACCAAAAUUUUUCAUUACAUGGCGGCAACAACAGCUGUACCAUUAGUCCCUAAAAUAUUAGUAACUUUUUUGUGUGAACUUGACGGUAAACGAGAUAAGUUAUGAGUGUUCCCACAUUAGGCAGUCUUGUGACCACCAUAAGUGCGCUCAUCCGACAUCCAUGCAAUCGCCAUGUAACCUCGUCCACAUGUGCCGGUAGUCAGUGUUGCCAACAUGUGCAGGACACGUACUGCAAGAUUAUUGAGGGCUUGGUCUUGAGGGUGUUGUUUAUUAUGUUGCCAGCAUAUCUCCGAGGGCAUGUGUGGACGGCUCUCCAGGUGUAGUGCGUCAGGCCCACACUGAGGAGGGUCGCAGGUCACCUCAGGCGUUUACGUGGCCACUUACUGAUGGUGUGGACCCACCUGAAGUGUACCUGGCCAACAUGUGAUGAUACGCUGAUGAGCGGCCUCCAGAAGAACUAUCGAGUCACUGCAAUACUCUGUGGAAAAUUGUUGAUGGCAGGAAAGAUUACCCGAAGUAUUUCUCGGUGUUGUGGAUCACUUCUCUUCUUCACCGAGCACCGCGGCUGCCUCACCAGACGCGAAUCCCGUAAAGCGGCUGCCCGGCUGCUGUGGCCACACCUGCCCUGCUUUAAGUGGUGUCGUCUGCCGGGAGGUGUGGCAGGCAGGUAGGCAGACAGGCAGGAUGGCUGGGCGUAGCCGCGGUUGUCUCCCUGAUGCCUUGUGGAUGUCGUCUCGUCAAACCUCUUCAUGAACAUGUUGAACUACGAAAAAGAAGCUUAUAUUUUCCCGCCUUGAGACUCAUGCAUUAGUGUACUUUACUCUGGAACAGCCGGAAAGCAACGCUCAAUCCCGUACGUCAAGCAUUAUCGACUGGAGAGGGACGCUCAGUCUCUCGCUCAGUUUCCUGAUGAGGCUUACUGGACUCACUUCAUCAACAGCAUUUGGCACGAGCGUCCUUCUCAGCGACGAUCACUCAGCGCCGCUGAGCGAGGGGGAUGUUCGGUGUGCCGAUACACUUGACUCCGAAGCUCCGAGCACUAACGGUGGGCGAGACGCGGCUCACGAAGUUGCUCGACUCACUGACGUGAACUAUUCCAUUUCCUUUAUUUUUUCACAUGAACUGUCCCUGUACCUGUAUAUUCAGAGUUAUAUAUGUGUUUAUGAUGAUAAAGUUUACUUUUAUC